UUACAGAUGUGUCUGAUGUCACUCAUUGUGUCAGACUGUCGAGUCUUAGAGGGACUGCAGAGAUAUUCCUCCAUCCCAACGUACCUGCCUGUCAACUACCAGCUGCUCAACGCUGACUUGGCCUUCUUCCUGAAGGAGGCCAAUCAGGAUUUCAUGCGGAACUCUAGCCUGAUGUCGCGAACUGAGCCUUUCUUCAUCUACCAGGCUCGAAGUUUGCCUUCCCUGAAUGCGAGCUAUGGUCCUCUGUCUGUGGAGCAGCCCGUCCCUUUAGAGCUCCUUCAGAGCCCGGGGACUUUUCCCGCCUCCUCUGUCUUCACCUUCAACUGGAAGGUGCAGACAUUCCUCAUGGAUACCAGGAUUCACCUGGCCAAGCCCAAGGUCCAAGUUCUGUUCUAUAUCGCAGGGCGGGACUGGGACGACUACAGUGCCAUCGACAAGCUACCCUGCGUGCACAUGUUUGCUUUCCACGAGACCCAGGAGGUGCACGGCACUUGCCAGCUGAAAGGGGAGAUGGGGCUGUGUGUGGCUGAGCUGGAGCCGCUGGCCAGCUGGUUCAGCCCUCCAAGUGUAGUGCCUGGACGCCAGAGGAACGUCGAAGUAACAGAGGGCACUCCGGUGGAGCUCUACUACACGCUGCAGUCCACUGAGGCGGGAGAGUGCCACUCGGAGGAGUCCAGGAAGGACAGCUUCAUCCGCUCCAGCCAGGAAGGGCUGUACGGCUCCUUCACGUCCACGCCUCUCAGGAGGAUUGGCGGUGUGAAGCUCUACCAGAACCCCGCUCCUCCUCCUCUCGCCGAACAAAGGCUGGAUAAUAACUUCAUGGUCAUGGUUCCAGCUACGCCCAUGAGACAGAGGGAAACGGUCUCUGCUUUUAUCAUGGUGUCGGCCUACUCUCCUGUGGCAAUCUUUACUCUCAGAGUCAAGUUGAAAGAAGGGGUGACGUUUCUCGGCGCUCGACCCAGCAACCCGACUCAGUGGAUAGUCAGCCAGGAUGUGAGGAGUGAAGGCCAUCGAGUUGUGACUCUGCACUGCCGCAGGAAGGAGUCUGGCUACGAUCAGCAAAGGUCUGAGAUGGGAGUUCAGCGGGUGCUCCAGGUGGACCUGAAAAUGGAAAGCUUCCCGGAGCCGCUGGGCAGCCGAUGGAUGGCGUGGCAGGUGGAGUACCCAGCUAGUCGCGCCACCACUCAAGAGGUGGAGACGGAGAUCCGACUGGCGCAGGAGGACCUGGCAGGCAUCGUGCCCCUGGCCAUGGACUCUGAAAUCUUGAACACGGCCGUGCUGACUGGGAAGACGGUGGCUGUCCCGGUGAAGGUGGUGACCAUCGGGAUAGACGCCUCAGUUACUGACGUCUCUGAUGCAGUCAAGUGUCGCUCUACAGAUGAAGAUGUGGUGAAGGUGUCAGACAGGUGUGACUACGUCUUCGUAAAUGGCAAGGAGAUGAAGGGCAAGGUGAAGAUGACGGUGAACUUCACCUACGGAUACCUGAGUGCUCAGCUGGAGCUCGACGUGUGGCUCCCUCGGCUCCCCCUCCAGAUCGAGGUGUCUGACACGGAGCUCAGCCAGAUCAAGGGGUGGAGGGUGCCCAUCGUGGCCCCCGGUCAGAGGUCCACGAGGGACAGCGACGACGAGGACGAUGAAGACAGACGUGGACGAAGCUGCACUCUGCAGUACCAGCACGCCAUGGUUCGAGUCCUCACCCAUUUUGUAGCGGAGUCAGCAGAUCCCCGAGGCCAGGCGAGCUUCAUGCUGGGCACCGAUUGGCAGGUGGACAUAACUGAGCUGGUGUGGGACUUCCUGAAGGUAGAGGACCCGCAGAUUGCACAGCUGUUGGACAGGAGGAUACUCAUGGGACUCGACGUGGGGAUGACCACAAUCCAGGUAUUGUCUCCUCUGUCCGACUCCAUCCUGGCAGAGAAGACUGUGACGGUGGUGGACGACAAAGUCACCAUCACAGAGCUGGGGGUCCAGCUGGUGACGGGGCUCUCCAUGAGCCUGCAGCUCAGUCCAGGAAGCAACAGAGCCAUCCUGGCCACCACGAACACACAGGAGGUUCUGCAGAGCCCCAAGCAGGAGGCCCUAAUCAGUGCCUGGCUCCAGUUCAGCGACGGCUCACUGGCUCCUCUCGACCUGUACAAUUCAGAAUUUUUUGUCCUUACAGCCACCUCUCUAGACGAGGAGGUGGUGACAGUGCACCAGGGCCCCUCAUGGAAGUGGCCAGUCAUAGUGACUGAGGCAGAGGGCCAAGGCCUUCUGGUCAGAGUGGAAAUGACUGUGUGUGAAGUUUGCCAGAAGUUCAAGCGCCGCAGCAUCCUGGCAGCGGGGAACUGUAACAUCAGGGUGAAGUUUGGUCACAGUGGCAGCUCGAGGGCAGGCAACAGCGACUAUGGCCCAGAUGGAGACGAUAUGGACAACAGAGGCAGGCUCUCCCCCUCCCAGGACAGGACCGGACUUAACACCCACUACUACGGCAGCUCCAUCUCCGACAUGGAGGACGGGGAGUUGAGGAAAGCCACCACCACUAGAAGCGCGAUAAUUCGCCGCCCCAAUGGGGAUAAACUAUCAGAUGAUGGUAGCCAGGACAUACCAAUUGACUUUGCUGACUUCCCUGCGCAAGUGGACCUGCCCCGUGGCCGCAACAUGGACGAUGACCUCAUUCAGACUGCUCGCGGACUGACAGACCUCGAAAUUGGCAUGUAUGCCCUGCUGGGUGUCUUCUGUCUCGCUAUCUUGGUCUUUCUCAUCAAUUGCAUCUCCUAUACCCUGAAAUACCGUCACAAGGAGCUAUCCAUUGAGGGACAGGAAAACAUGAACCAUGCCCACGAUUGGGUGUGGUUGGGGAAUGAGGCGGAGCUGCUAGAGAGCCAAAUCAGCCUGUCGCCACAACAGGGGGAGCAGACUUCCAUGAUGGACUCGAGCAGUGGCCUCGAAGAAGGCAGCCACUUGCUGAAUGGAGGCUCUGCCCAGAAGAGCGUGCAGGGCCAAGUGCACCGGACAGCAGACACAGGCUGCAUAGUCAAGGACAGCAAAGGAGACUCACCCACCACCAAGAGGAAGCGUGUCAAGUUCAGCACGUUCACCACCAUUCCCUCGGACAGUAGCUACCCCACUGUUAACACACUGACGGGAAGCCACUGCCAGGACAUUAAGUGGGUGUGCCAGGACGUGGAGCUGGGAGACUCCAAGGAGUUGCGCAAUUACAUGGAAAGGUUAAAUGACAGUGCUUUAAAAGAGGUGGCAUAAUGUACUAUGUGCACUUGUGACAGACUCACCCUUAUGCCUUUCAGAGGAAAGUGGUCUGGACAGAAACCGGACCCCUAAACAUGUGAAAGAGGAAGAAAACAACUUCAGAAUCACCCCCCCCCCCCCCCAAACUGCCAAAGGGUCAUCACCUUCAAGAGGACUGUCUUGAUUCCACAAGUGACUGAGGGUGAAUCACUAAAGAAAAAUUCUGUUUGUCAAAGAAUGAGGACAUGAGGUGAUUCUGUUCUUUCCAUUUGUUGAUCAGAUGAUUACCUUUUUAUCAUUGUUUUGUUACGACAGGGUUUAGGUAGAAGUCAAGUAACGGUCCCAGGACUUAUCUGCAGUAACUAUGACCUGUGAUAUUCAGACAUGUAGAUUUUAAAAAGAGCAGUGACAUAACUAGAUAGAUGUUCUGAAUGUGUGUGUGUGUGUGCACAUUAAAUGGUUUUGGAAGUUUUGUAACAUUUUUGAAUAUUAAUUUCUUACGCCAGAUCCUUAUUCUGUUGAAGAGUUCUGGAAAGGCCAAAGCAAGCCAAGUGAAACGUGUGCAUGUUGUUGAGGAAAAAGAAAAGGCACAACUUUCCAGGUCAUUCUCAUCCUCCUUAACACGUCAGAAGACCUGUCAUGUAUAUACCAAACAGUCUCCAAAGCAUUGUA